CCUGCAGCGUUGGUAAAACUUUGUUUUGGUCCUCAGACAUUAUUAUCGAAGUUACAUCUGUUGUCAGCAAUUUUUGUCAUGUUAGAGAAAAAUGAGACGAGGAUUUGAGCAGGAGAAUCUAUUCACUUUGUCUAAACAUGCUACAGAAUUUAAAAAUAAGGUAAAAAAAAAAAACAACGAACUCUCUUUUUAGGGAACUGUUGGCCAGCUGUGAAGUUGAUAGAGGCCAUCUUAGUUCGGAAUAAAACCUUGAAUUGUGCAUUACUGUUCUGAAAACUCACAGUGCCACUUAUCUCUUUAGGUUAGAGUCUUAAUUGAGAAUGAGGAAGAGAGAGUUUCAUUUUAUGAAGCCCUGAAGGGAUACCAAGCGUGAGUUUCAAAGAACAUUUUACAUCGCUGUUGCUUUGAUAGAACAGUAAACUAAGCUUACCUACCUUGGAAGAAGGGAAAUUGUUCAAUGCAUGUAAAGCUAGAGCUGUGCCAAAGCAGUAUAGAAUUCCGUGUAACCCCCUUUCUAUUCUAAAACAAAGCAUUAGUCUGAAAGGUGGUAAUUUUUUCGCCAUGCUUACUUUUGUCAAAGAGCUUAUUUUGGGUUGUGCGAAGAUCUUGCCCUAAAACACGAGAAAAGCGCAGAUUUGGAAGAGCGUGGUUAUAGCUAGUGAUGCAAUUUCUGGAACAGCAAAAUUAGCAAUGUAAAAGUUUUCAGUUGAAAUGAGGUACAUAAAUUAUGAGAUUUUGGUAAAGGUAAUUCAGUACCACAGUUUAGUACACGUAUUCAAAUGUCAAAUAUUUUGUUAGGUCAAACUCACCUGCAAAACUUGUUAGUGAACUAAGGUCUGUGAUUAAUACUCCCAAGAGGUACCCACUCUUCAGAGAAGUGAGGUAAGGUUUUUUUUUUUAUCAGUCGGUCUGUCAAUCAGUCAUUCAUGUGGUCAUCUUGUUGGUUUGUUUGAUUCAGCAACAUAGUUAAAAGCCAGUCAAUCAGUAAGUUAGUUAAGCAAUCACUUCAUCACAGACAGUCAGAAUCAGCCUGACAGUUAAACAAUAGAGAGUCCCUGGUCCCUCAGGUUUGGGUUAGUGGUAUUAGAGGCUAAUAAAAUGACUCCUUUUUCCCCCAUAAGCGGUUCAGUGCACAAAUUGUUUGGUUAAUAAUUAUUGUCAGUGGAAGCUUGCAUUCACUUGUACAUGUAAUGUAGCUGAUAUAUAGUGUACCAGUAAUUAUACUUACAGGUAUGUCUUAAUAAUCAUUAUUUUAUGUUUAUUAUACACUGCAGGCAUGUGAUUAACCCAGCAGAUGCUGCUACUUACCAGAAUUUGAUUCCAAAGUCACCAAGGUGUAUGAUUUGAAUUAAACAAAAUUCUACAUGAAAUAAUUGAAUUACAUGUGGUUAUCCUGUACUCCUGAUGUGUGUUCAUGUUCAUGUUCAUGGUUGUUCCUGUAGUUUUUUUUUUUGCAAAAUUGUCAGUCUGUAACCAGGCAGCCUCAGAAAUUGUUCAAAAAGCAAAAAAAAAUCCAUAAAAACUGAAAAGUUUUUUGUGCAUCAAGGGAGGGGUUUAGUUCAAAAAGUGUUAUCAAUUAAUGUUGCACUUUGUUGAAUUCUUGCAAACUUUUAGAACUAUACCAAGUUUAGAUUGGAAAUUUGUGACCAUUGUCUCGAUCAAAAUAUUGAUCUUAGUACGAGAAUAAGUCACCAUAUGGUUGCUGCUGCAAAAAUCUCAGAGUAGUUUAAAUAUUUAUGAGAACAUAGACUGUACAUAUUUUUUUUAUCUGAUCAUAGAUAUCACAGUUUUUAAUUGUAAUUUUAUUUCAGUGAUGGAAUACGUCUUAUCAAGCUGCAGCACGUUGGAAAUAAUGCUAUUGGACUCAGUGUUCGAGGAGGUAACCAUUCACACACUGUACUUGUAAUUGACUGAGGACACAAAAUGAUAACCAUAAAAACACUAGUGAUUAUUACUGACCCAGUACUCCAAUAUGUCCUUAAAUGAAGGGAACUGUAUUAAUUUUUAUGGAGGUUCAGUUGUAAAGAGAGGAACUUUUCUGAGAAGGGGGCAUAUACAUGAUUGUACAUAUACAAGAAUACAUACUUUUAAAAUUGUAUAGUUCACCUUUGGGGCUCUCUUCCACCAUAUAGAAAAAGAAAUAUUGGAUUAAAUGUAAGAUGUUAUUUAUAUUCUGACUGUCCUGACUAUAAUGCAUUUGUGCACAUUUCUGUGUAAGUUUGAGAAACCUUUAACAUUUAAAUUGGAAACAAAUAAAGGCUUUGAAAUACAAAAAUAUUUUAUUUCGAUUUGCUACCUUCAUUGCAGGUGUACAGCCUGUACUUAAAUUUUUUUUGUUCAAGGGGAGGAAGAGUGGUGGGCUUUUUGAGAUUGGGGGCUUGUUAAGACAUGGGCAGUACCUGAAAUGUAUUUAGUAAAAAAUUAUGUCAUAAUUUUUUUCAAAUUAUUCUGCAGGUAGAGAGCAUGGGGUUGGAAUCUUUGUGUCCCUUGUUUCACGGGGUUCACAAGCAGACAUUGUUGGUUUAAAGGUACUCAGUUUUCAUUUACACUCAAAUUGCAAGAAUCCGUUUCAUUUAAACAAACACGAUGGAUAACCUGUGUUUCAGACCUAUAACAGAAACAUGGAGUUGCAUGUUUCCACCAUGUUUCCGUUUACGGAUUCUUGCAAUUUCGUCCUGUGUUACAUGCAGACCUAUGGCGUAUUUUUAUGUGUAGCUGUACAUACAAUGUGUUUGUAUCACAUUCCACACUACAUCAUUCCAUGAUUAUAACAUUACAGUUCUGUAUCAGCAUCAAAUGAAACUUGACAUGUUUCUUGCUGGUCAUAUAAUUAUUUUAGAAAAGGAAAUUGUCUCAUUCAAGGCUUUAAGUUUGCAUAGCUGUAUUGUGUUUCCAUUUAGAAACUUGGUAGUGUAUAUACAUGUAGCAGUUUUAGUUUCAACUCUGUGACUUCAGGACAUAAAAUGUUUCCAAACUAAUUUGAUUAAUAUUUUGCUUUGUUUCAAGAAAAAUAUAUAUAUAGAAAUGUGACUUGAACUAAAGAUAAAACAGAAACCAAGUUAAUUUUCAGUGUUAAUUUGUACAUUAUUUGUUGAAUUUUUCUUGCAGGCUGGUGAUGAGAUUUUAAGUAUUAAUGGAUUGUACCUUGGGGAAGCCACACAUGGAGAGGUAGUCAACAUCUUAAGGUCACACAAUAAUCUUCUCCUGAAAGUAAGAAGUGAGUAUGUAGUGUUGAUACCGUGUUUUUCACCCGUAACAAAUGAAUUUUCCAUUACCAAGCACCAGCCCUAGGUUCAAAAUUUCUAGUCAUCUUUGAUCUACUUGCACAAACUUGGCUUUGGAUAAUACUGAUCCUAGAAGUAUGCAAUCAUGUAUGACUUCAACCCAGUACAUGUGUGCAUUCCAGGUUGUCUUGAAACUUUGAGGAGCACUUAUUGGUAUAGCAUCAAACUGUGAAAUCCAAAGGUCUGAGGUUUAUAUCCUAGUGAGGGACCUAGAUAUCUCCAUUAUGCUGCACAUAUGCAUACAACUGCAUCAAGGGUGAUGAUUAAUAAUUCAAUUUUCUUCUGCUUAACAGCUACAGGAAAAGUUCCCUGUAAGAUGUAAGUUAAUAGUGACCCUCCUUUUUGUUUGAAUUUUCCUUUCAGUUUAUGAUAAAUUUAAGCCAAUUGUUGAUAGAUUAAUGUAGGUUUCGUGUUCUUAAAUGUCAUUUAAAAAUUAUUUUAAUUUUUCAACAGACAUGAUAUUAUUACUUGGGAGACUGCAGAAGGAAAAGAGAAUGUUUAUUAUCAUCAUGAUUUACUGGUUAGCAAAUCCAAGCAUCAUUUUUCUUAAAUCUAAUAUUUUCACAUAUAAAAAGUCUCAUUUUUCAUAUAAAAAGUCUCAUUAUUUUGUACAUAACUCUGAAGGAAAUCUCCAUUGGUGGAACAAAUUGAACUUUGCAUGGUAACCUGGAUGGUUACCUUAAUUUGAAGUAACAGAGUGUUAAACCACUUUUUAUCAUCUCUAGGCAAAUCUCUUUGAACAAAUAGGAGCAACACAAAAUUCUGAACUCUAAGAAUAAUUUUUUGCAAUGAGUGCACCAGCGGCUGUUUGUAAACUGUGUGUUAUGGUUUUGGUUCAGCCCCCCUUGGUUUCAAAAGUGUGAACAUCAUGGAUGCGCUGCCAAGUUACAUUUGCUGAAUUUUUUUCAAGAUGGGAGCAUUCAAAAUUAAAUUUGUAUCACCUUGUGAUUUGCCAAAACAAGAUGAUCAUGUGAUUAUGGAAAGAGGAAAGUAAAUUAUCCAGGACAUUAUUUUUGGUUGCCUUGAAUAAGUGAAGCAAAAUGGCUGAAUUUUUUCUAGGAUUAUCUGAUCAAAGAAGGAGAUUUCAGAGAUGAGCCCAGAUUUGUGGCAGGUCCUGAUGAUAAGCAAGUUACCUUGGUGGUGGGACCCAAGGGGAUAGGAUGUAGGUAAGGAUAUAUGGACUAUACAGAAACAAUUUUCACUUUAUUAUGGCUGUGUGUUUCUUCAUGCUUUGCUCCCUUGUUCUGCCUUCAAAUGUGCUUAAAAAAAUUCCUCUUAUGAGGAAUUAAUGAUCAAAUUAUGAUCAAAUUAACUGUAAGGGCUAAUCAGAACAAGGGAAACUUGGCCUAACAAGAACUCAAAGUGAAAAUUAGCAAAAGGUACAGGAAAAUUUGAGUCACCAAGUCAAGGAUGGUUUUAGUUUGUAUCUGAUUGGUUAAACCUUCAACUCUUUAGAGUGACUAGCAUCUAAUUUCUCCUUACAAUAUCACCCCAGAAGCAAACAUUAAGGCCAUGAGAAUCAAGGAAAUGAUCACCAACUAAAGAAGCUCUUGAUUGUUGAACAAAUUCUCCUGGUCAGCACCUUAGGAAAUGUAUAGAGAACAUUCUGGAGAAUGUGCAAACUGAUUUCAGGAUGUAAUGGGUUGAGAGAGUAAGGAAGGCUAAACAAAGCAAAGCAUUAUGAAUGUAAUCCCUAAUACUUUUGACAGUCACUAUCCUGAAUGUUUUCUACAUUUAUACAAACAUAUGCACAAGAUUUUUGUUUUGUGGUGAUGCUGAGUCAAUUUUUUUUCACAUGCUUUCAAGUGUUCGAAAUGGAAUACCAGGCAAAGAAGGGCUGUUCAUUAUUUCAGUCACAUCUGGCUCAUUGGCUGACAAGACUGGAGCACGAGUGAGUCACAGCGUGUUUGUCUGAAAGUACACAUCAAAAACAUUUAAAUAAAUAGAAAUAAAGUAAAAUAAGAGAAUUCUCCUCAGACCGAAGGGGUACCUCUCUUCAUCUUAAUUUAUUUGCGUGCUGGUAAAAUUGAUGAAAUCAUGUCACCAUAGCUUUCUCUAAUUUGAUUCUUUACUGUUGAAUGGAGUGUUUGUAGAACAUCUUUUAAGCCUAGAAGUUGUAACUUAGAUGAAAAACAUGUCUAGCGCACUUGGCAGCGGAAGAAGUUACAACUAAACUUGACUGAUUUAAAGGCCCAAGUUCUAAACUUCAAAGUGAUUUUUUAAGGCGUUAAUACGAUAAUAAAUGAAUACCAAAUGUUUCACCUGUUUAACCUACGACAGUUUAUCAACGGUUUUCUGUUUAGAGAUUGCACUUUUGUAGUCGUUCAUGAGCUCUGUGAACGAGUGAUGUUAAAAUUUUUACUUUUCUUCCGUGAGACAAAGAGGGAGUUUGCUAAGCGUUUCUUUUGGAUCCGGAUCCCCGCCUUUAACCCCCGCCCCUAAGCCUCUUCCCCCACGGAUCUCAAACAAGUUUUCUUCACUUAGAUAACGAGGGAGUAUACUAAUCGCUUCUUUUUGGAUCGGAUAUGCCUUUAACCCCCGCCCCUAACCCUCCUUCCCCAUGGAUAAAAAACAGUGUGCGUUACAAAGCGGCGUCCACUUUGUCAGAUUUCAGCCAGCACCGAAUGUUUCCCCGUUUCUCCUAUUCUCCUGCAACCGCACGUUACUAUUCCGUAUUUACAAGGCUGUUUCCAUUUUUCACAGAUCGGAGACCAGAUAGUUGCAGUGAAUGGCAAGAAUAUUAUGAAGUUGAGGUAUUCAGAGGUAAGCAAUUUGUGUAAUCAUUACCCUCUGUAGUCUAGUGGCACAGCAUGGGAGUGCGACAUUGGCUGAGAUUGUUCGGAACACAGCCACUACCACUUUUGUAGUAGAAGGUCGAAGGCCGCUGGAUCUUACUCUCCAAGAGUUACCACCUUAGGGCCAGUGUUGAAUCAGGAUCUUGAACAUGCUUUCAUUCCGUGAACUGUCUAUAAAAUGGAAAAAUAUAUUUAAAACACUAGCUGUAGGUGAUCCGCCUUUAUUUGUUAUUUGAUGAAUUGUUUUGCAGGCGGUCUACUUACUGAAGUCUUUUAAGGAAUUACAGCUUGUUCUCCGACAUAGCAAGGUACGUAAUUCGCGCGGAUAAACUAGGCAUUUAAGCCAAGGAUAGCCAAAUCUGGAGACAUGCGUGCCUAUAGUUUUUCAAGCCGCCAUCGAGGUGUAAAAAUUUGCAUUGGCAAACGUUGCGUUUACAAGAGGUCAGUAGGUUACUUAUUGUCCUCCUGUGAUUAGAGUUGGGAACUGGGCACAUUAAAACGUCGCGACAUGAAUGGUUUAGUGAAGGUUAAGGUUUCACGAUCCACGAGUUAGAGGUGCUGCUCCUUCUCGUUAGAUGCCAUUCCUUUGAGCUAACUUUUCCCCGUCAUGUUGUCAGAUGUCUCUGUCGGUUUAUUAGCACCCAUUUCUGCUCUGGGGUGACAAAGUAGGGAGCUUCCUACCACUUCCUUCUCAUAGUGCCUCUGUGAGGUAUAAUGUGAGUAAAGGGUAUUGCCCGAGAACACCAUACAACUACCCCGGCCUAAAAUUACACCUUAACGUUAGAUUCAGAGUACUGCGGCUGAGUCACUAGGCCAGAGAACUUUCCUUGCCUGAUAGCUCCGCCUUGCUCAAACAGGAGGCCGAAAAGUUUAUAAUGGAUGAAAUUGCCAAACAGCAGCAAGACACUCUUCCAGAAUUUGCUAUCAAAACGCAGAUCCUUACUCGAAAAGCAGAGGAAAAAGAGAGACUGGAGAAAGCUAAAGAACAAAUGCACUUUAAUCAACUACUGCGUGCAAAGGAAAUAGAUGAAGAGGGAAAAGAAAAAGGCAAUAACUCUUUGGAGGAAAAACAGGGUAUGCCAUCCAUUGAAGUUUAGAUCACUUUGAAUGUUCUUUAUCCCCUCAGUGAAGAAGGGAAGGAGGGUAGGGGCUUGUUUUUGGCCUAAAUAAUGACAUUGGUAUUGAUUUUAAGAUAGUCUUCUUCGCUACAGAAUUCGUUUGCGAAGUCGCUUUUAUGGAACGUGACUGAGGUUCCCUACACACGGACGAUUUGGAAAACACACUACCCUUCAAGAGACUACCUAUAAAUAGCUAUAGUGAAAUUGACAUUUCUCGAAGCCUAGAUCAGGUGUGCGACAUCAUUUCCUUUCACUACAGUCUAACUGUAGUCAUUCACCUAUUCUCGUAUGGAACAACAAAACCUUCUUUCGCACUUGCGUUCAUCAAUAUAUGUCCGAACCUUUAAGCUACCACCAUUAAGAGGUUUGUCCUAUUCAAUGUCAAGGUUUUAAAAGUCUUUUCUAUAAAUUUGAAAAUGUUCCGAUUCGCUUCCUAGAUAACGAAACAGAUAAAUCGAAGCAGGGAAGCCCCAGCCCUUCUCAACCUUCCCGCAAAUCCGUAGAAGUUGACAUGACGCCAAACACUAAGAAAAGAGCUGCAUUCUCAGAAACGUAAGUAUGGAACUGUUUCAUGUACCGCCAUCAUUUUUACUUUAAAGUGUAAUUUGCGUGUAGUGUUGAUGCUUAUCCGAAUCUUUUCUUCUCUUUCCCAGCGUACAAGUAGUAGUCACAGAACCUAGUAAAAGCUACCAGGAAGAAACUGUAGUUGCUGAUGUACAUCCACCUCCCAGCCCUCCGGUCCCUCUCAGCCCACCCAUUUUGCAUCCCAGUAACACACAGGUAUGAGAUGUGUUUCUUUGGUGUCCAUGUUCAAUAUUUUAAGCUGGGUUUCACCAACAACGGAGUCGGAACGUGAUUCGUAGUCAGAAGCUUAUGGAGAUAUAAUUUGUUGAAAAGCAAACAAACGGAAUUGAAAGUAUAUUGAUGUCGCUGGUGAUGUCGUCGCUUAUGAUCUGGGGUUUUUUCGUUAUGAGAGCGUCUACCGCAUCUGGUUCUGACUCCGACAAUUAAGUUUUCACCAACACAAGCGACAGAGUCAUAAAUAGAAUUGUAAGGCAAUGAAAACCUUCCAGUUUUUCGAUGUUGUCGAGCUGAAGACUCCACUUACUACUUCAGUUUUCCUUUUUCAGUAAGUCAUAAUCGCUCUAAGGACUCCAACGUCGAGUACGUGAAAACUUUCUCCUACUUAACACCUCUCUCCCACCCGGCCCUAAAUCGCUGACGAAGCCGCAGCGUGGAGUGCAGAACGCACCAUUUGCCAUUAUCGAAAUAAGGGAGGGGUUGGUCCAACCGUUCCCUCUGUUUUGUAGUUAAUUGUAGAUUGAGUCGAGUUGAGUGAGAAUUUGGCGUGUUAUAUGUUUUGUGAACCAGUAUCUCACUGCGGAUGAGUUGCAAUCUGAUUCCCAGCUCGAGAUAAGUUUUAACAUCUAUACGAGUCAUUCUUUGAAUUGACCUUAUAGCACAGAUCUGGGUUUUGGAAAAGAAUACUGCAACUGGCAGAUCUAAAUGAUUGUUUUUAAUGCUGUGAUUUUAUGCUUUCACUAGUUUGAAGAUGAUGUGUUGGAGGGAAGAGAAGCACACUUUCUGUCGAUUGAAAAGGUAAGCCAUUAUAUUAAUUGGUUGUUAGGGAGAAAGUUAAUGCGUGUACAUGGCUUUGUUUCUUCUUACAAUAUUUUUUAAACUUAAGUCUCAACAGAGAUCCUGACUUAUUGCUCGAAAGUUGCACUUUGUGUAUUGGGUCUUCCAAAACAAAUGAUAUUUGAGUAAUGGUUAGCGCUCCUCCUUUCUUGCGGAACUCCUUCUUCCCGCCUGCUACGAGCUCCUCCUCACUCGUGGGACUCGUCCAUUGCGAUUGCGUUGCGCGCGUGCGAAAAAAGAGAUAUCGAGAGUGGGGUUACAGUGAUUUACUGAUGCAACUACACGUUUAUGGAGGCAGUCGGGUUCCAAAUGAUGAUACACCUCCAUUUCUUUUUUUUCUUCUUUUUGGUAUGGACUUUUCAGGUGUCUGAAUUGGGUCUAGAGCUAGAGGAGCGUGAUGGUGGAAUAUUCGUUACAGAAGUUCAGGAACAUGGUUGCGUGGCAGUGCAUGGUAGGUUUGGUUUAUUUACAAUAUACCAUGAUUUUGCCUCCUAUGGUUGGGAUGAUGAGAUGCGAGGCAUCUUUUUGUGUCUUUAGAAAAGCUUGUGGUAUCACUAAGGUGACGGGAAAAAAUGUAGCGACCAUGAUAUAACACUAGAGGUUCACUCGUCGCAAACGCGGGAUAAGGGGAUUAUACGAUGAGAGGCCACCCAUGAUCUUCCCAGUUCCCCUCAGAUGGUUAACCACCGAGUUGACAAGAGGCUGGUGUUGAGCUAAACCAUAAAAAAUUGAAAUGGUCAUGUGUGUAGGUUUGACAUGCACACUGCCAGAAUUAACCUCUUCGAAAGCAGCAUACAUGUACAGCACUACAAUUAUGCUCGAUCGUCGGACAAAGGUUACUGGAAAUCCAGGUGUUUUAUGAACUGAAUUUGAGAGGGGCAACUUAUAGUUUCAAGAUUUUCAACUCUUCCCAACAUCACAAUAUUUUUUGUUGUUGUUGUUGUUGUUUUUUUUUCUUUUCUCCAAAUCACUCAUAAUCCUUUAAGGACUGCUUAUUAGUGCUUUGGUUGGAAUAGUCUGAUGAAAACAGAAACAACAUUUAAACCAACUGUACUUCAUAUUCAUUUGUCUACCUCUUUUCAACCUCAGGUGGAGUAUGCGCGGGAGAUCAAUUGCUAAAUGUGGAAGGCACAAGUCUUUUGGGUGUCACUGUGCAGGAAGCGCUCGAGGAACUGAACAAGGCUAUGAACAGGAAUUCGGUGAGUUUUUUCUAAUAGUUGGUGGUGACUUAACCUCCUACAGCUGCUGCUACAUGAAAGUAGGUACAGAUAUUGAAAAUUGUAAUAAGCUUGAAUAAUUUGAUUGAUUGUUCUCACCAGGAAAAUAUCGACCUCGUGGUGGCCAUAUCUUUGAAGAGAGGAAACCGGCGGCCAGUCCUCAGAAUUGGUAGCGUGGUUAGAAAACGAGAUCCAGUCACAGGAGCAGAAGUGUAA